AAUGCGGGCUGGAUUCGAACCAAAUCAAUCGAAUGCCACCAUCAUAAUUUUUAGCAGGUCGAUAUUUGAUAACAUCAAUUCAAAUUUUUUUAAAUUGAGGCUUGCUUUUUAAGUUUUCAAAACUACUCAAUAUCUCCUUUCUCACGUUGUGCAGUUAGUUUGCGAGCCAGUUUUAAGAUUCGGCACUUCUAUUGUUUGUUGAUGAUACAACUUGACUUGUAAAGUAGAGAGAGACUGAAAUAAGUCAAAAAAUUAAGUUUUUAAAAAGUAAAGUAGUGAAUAUCAUGACUAAUUGUAAAAUUGUAAAUUUUUACUGUAGUUAUUGUAAUUAAUAAGUGAACGUGGGCUAAUUUAAGGUAUUUAAUAGUAGUGAUAAGAAGGGCAAGUUGACACAACUCAAAACUUUGUAAUUUGUAAAUUACAAAUUGAACUCAAGCAUAUUAAACUAAACACUUGGCUGAUUUAUUCUGUCAUCAUGUCCGUGUCGGCGUCAGAUAUAUCAGAGGGAGACUUUUCAAAUGAUUGUGCAGAUCCACCAACUAAGCCCACGAGUCUGGAGAAAGAAAAAUCUGUAGAGGAUUUAAAUCUAAACGAUAAUGAAGAAGUCGUCGAGUUUUUCAAUAAUGACGACGAUGACGAUGCACAAGAUUCUUCAGAGAUUGCUACAGCACAGCAUUUUAAUCCACAAGAAAACGAAAAAAGUAUGGACGUUGAUGAUAACGACUCAGCGGUAGAAAAGAAAAAUUCCAAUGAGAAGGACGGCGGCGGUAACGAGUCUCCUAAAAUGUGCGUGGAUGAAAGAUCAUUAAGCGAAGAUGACUCCAAGUCUGCGCAGAAUAAUCCACUAGCAUCAGAUAACGAUAAUAAUUCAAAUGCGUCGUUAGAUAAAGAUCAUGGCGGAAAGAGACAGAUCGACGGAGCGAAAGAGCCUGACGAUGUUGCUACUGAUAUUGUAGAUGGAAAAAGUAUGGACAAAAAUGAUUCGUCAGACGUGGCGGCGGAGAGCGACAAGGAAGCAUCUAAAAUUGCAGACACAUUGAAGACGACUGAAACGAUAGAGAUGGACGAUGCAGACGAUGAAAAUGAAGACCGUGGCGUUAGGCUAAGGAUGGACGGGAUUUUUGAGGAGGAAGACGAUGAUGAAGUUGUAGAAAUUCCAAACGAGGAAUCACAAACUGAUGAUCUGCCGGAUAUUCAAAGUAUGUUGCAGAUGAGUUUCAGAGAAGGCGAAGAUGAAGAUAAUAAUGAGAUCAUAGAAGUAGACGCCCAAGAAGAAAGUGAUACCGCUCCUAGAAGAGGACGACCGCGUAGAGCAGCAGCAGCUGUAGCGGCAAACACCAUCCGGGAGAUCAGCAGUGGCGAGACUGAGAACGACAAUGGGAUACUUAGACGAAGAGGAGGAAACAAAGAUACUAAUUACGAAGAGUCAACAUCAAAGAGCCAGACACACAUUUGCGCCUUUUGCAAGAAGAGGGCCCACUGUGAAAUAAAAAUCCAACAAUUCGGAACAGAAGUAUUUUUUUGUAGCAACACCUGCUUUAGCAAGCACAGACAAACUCGAAGCGUUAUUGGGUCUGGGACACUAGCCUGUGCUAAUAAGAAGUGUGGUAUUUCUUCUAACGUUCAACAACUAUCAUUAGAACGGACAUAUUAUUGGGAGACAAUGAAUUUUUGUUCUGAUCGUUGUGUCGGAUCCUAUCAGGUGCAAGUUGGUGGUAGAUGCGCAACUUGUUCAAAUAGCGUCGCCUGGUUAAGUUUAGGAAAAUACUGCGUGCGAUUUGGUAGUGAUAUUCGGCAAUUUUGCUGUGGUCAGUGCUUGGAGGUGUACAAGAAAAAUGCUCGUGUGUGUUUUCACUGUCAGUUGGACAUUAAACGUCUUGGAAAUGUUAUAUUAGCUAAUCUACCUGCUAAGCAGACUCCUAAAGAAUUCUGUUCUCAAGAUUGUGUCGAAAUGUAUGUAGAGCAGAAUAUCGACCAAUAUGUGAAGGCAAAGUCGUCACAACCAUGUAUCUGCGUUAUCUGCGGAGGGCAUCAAAGUUGCUUCAAAGAAUUAGUCUCGUCAAGUACAUCAACUUUAAAGUCAUGCUCUGAACACUGUUGGAAGCGACUGCUUCAAGCCCAAGGAGUCAAUUCUCCCAGCAAGUGUGAGAUGUGUUCAAAAUACCACAAAUUUGACAUUUCUGAUGGUGAAACUACAGCUCAGUAUGUAUCAACAUGUGGCAAAGUCAAUGGCUUUUGUUCUCCCACAUGCAAAAAUGUUUUUGUAUUAAAAAAUCGACAAAUAUUGUCCUGCAUAUCUUGCAAGGUUAAAAAAUACAACUAUGACUUGAUUCAAUUAUUUGAAGGACAAAAAUUAAGAUAUGCAGCCUGUUCACUAAAUUGUUUGCCAUGCACUCCAGCAUAUAUACAAAAUUUGAAGUGCUCAAUAGCGAAUGCAGCUAAUGAUGAAGAAGUACGAGGAAGUAUUAACCAAGUAGUACUUACGAGCCAGCAGGACAUGACUGUCCCUGUAAUCAGCUCAGUUUCAUCAAUGUCGACUUCAGCUGGUGGAAAUACAAAUAUUUAUAUGGAUCAACCUUUUGUAAUUGAUAAUCUCGGAAAUAUUAUCCCUGCAUCUGGAGGAAUAGCUAAUCUAGCUAAUAGGGUUGGAACGGAUGGCACCGUAAACCAAUUCAACUUAUCUCAGCUUCUUUCGCUGGAUCCAGGCGUGAUGAAGGAUUUUGCAACAACUAAGACAUCACUGGAAGGAAGUGUAAAUGCCCAAGAACAGACUGAUGCUGAUGGUUGGAAUGGGGUAAUUACGUCAGAAGAUAUCGAUGAAAUCAUUGCCCAGCUAAAAGGAUCACCAGAAACGGCAAAUAAAUGUACAAUGGCUUAUCCUAAAACUUCAACAACGUCCACUCAAACAGAGGAGUCUGCUAUCGCCGACAUGGAAAGAAUUCCUUUGAAAACUGUUACAGAAACAAAAUAUGUCCCAUUUCCAAUGCCCAUUCCAUUUUAUAUUCCUGUCCCAGUAUAUUUAAUGGAAACUCCUAUUCCGUACCCAUUUCCAUUGCCAAUCCCAGUCCCCAUCCCAAUUCCAGCACUGUUUAAUGCACCAGCUUUAAAACCACCUCCACCCCCAACAGUUGACGUUGUCACAAUAGAGUCUGACGAUGUGGAAAUGAUAGAGCUCAAAAAACCGGAUCAACCGAUCCCACCGGUUGCUCCAGAGCUCAAUAGUGAUAAAAUAGACAGGAAUGAUAAUGCUUCAAAUGAUAGUGAAUCCACUGCUUUUAAUUCCUCGACAACAACCCCUGCGAUUGCGUCUCCUGUUAGAAAAAAAUCAACCAGGAUCGAGUAUGGAAUCAAAGCUUGGAAAAUGUCAUUUGGACCUACCUCAGAUCCUAUAAAUUAUAGUUCGGUUGACCUUGCUGAAAAACUUGCUGAAUGGGUCAGCAAGGGAACUAAACCAAGUGGAGAGAGAUACCGGGCUGAUACAAUACUUUACCUUUGUAUUUGCGUUCAACAGCACCUAAGAGACGUUGGUGAAAGACCUGAUAAUAUUUUUUAUGACGUUGUCUAUAAUCCAUUUGUCGAAGCUAUUACGAAUUAUGCAGAAUCUGAUUGUGCUCAAGGUAUUAAUACAAGGAUAGAAGAUAAGCAUUUUUGGGAAUCUCAACAAUUGGGCGACGCUUCUCCUGGAGUUUUGUUGUUCACAUUGGUCUACAUAUUAUAUAAAAACUUUCAUUUAAAGAUUUGGGAAAAGCAUGCUGAGCUGCAUUUUGGACAAGUCAAAAUAUUCAGAAAGGUCAAUCCUGAAACUGGGAUGGAAGCCAGCUUUCUAAGAAUAGAAGAAGUGCCCGAAUGUGAAGGAAUCGAAAUUGUUGAACUUCCUGACAUGAGUGAAAAAUGUCCUGUUCGACUACUUUCCUUGUAUAUUUCGAAAUGCGCUCAUGCUGACGGGCAAUUUUACAAAGCCAUCAAAUCCGACGUUGAUCUGACCGAGUCUAUCUGGUAUUCUGAAGAAUCGCUGGAUCAAAUGAAGAUUUAUCAAAUGUUAGUUAGGGCCAUGAUGAUAAAAGGAGAAUCUGAUUAAUUUCGACAUUCCAAACUAUAAUAGUUGGUGGUACUAAUCAGAGCACAUACAUAUAUAUAAAUAAUAACAUUUAUGAAGGCAUCUUAUAUAACACUGUUAAAUUAACUUUAUUUAAGUUUUAUAUGUCACAUAUUCUUUGUAUUCAUAAUUUAUAAUAAUAAAUUUACAUUACAAAUUA